CGCGACAACGUCAGAUUACGUGAUUAAUAUUCAUAAGAGAAGGCGGCACCGAAGCGAAAGAGCGAGGGUUAGAUAUGUGAAAAACAUUUGCCUGUUUACCGUUUUUAAUAAUGGAGAACUCAUCUAAAGAAGAGUACAAGAUCCAGUCGUUCGAUUUGGAGACACAGAAACUCCUCAAAACUGCCUUGAAAGACCCAGGUUCAGUUGACCUGGAGAAAGUGUCCAAUGUAAUAGUGGACCAGUCUCUAGAGGACCAGAUCUUCAGCAGGGAGGCCGGACGCAUCUGUUACACGAUUGUCCAGGCAGAGGCCAAACAGACCAAUGGGAAUGUGUUUCGGCGUAAUCUUCUGAACCGACUGCAGCAGGCAUUUAAAGCCAGAGAGGAGACGCGGAAGAGAUCCACUCAGGAGUGGGUUUGCCUCGUGUCCUUCAUCUGCAACAUCUUUGACUACCUCAAGGUGAACAACAUGCCCAUGAUGGCCCUUGUGCAGCCCGUCUAUGACUGUUUGUUCAGACUGGCCCAGUCUGAUGCCCUGCAGAAUGAGGAGGAGGUGGACUGUCUGGUGUUACAGUUGCACCGAAUCGGAGAUCAGCUGGAGAAGAUGAACAUGCAGCUCAUGGAUGAGCUGUUCAGUCUGCUGAGGGAUGGAUUCCUCCUGCAGGAGGACCUGAGCUCCAUGGGCCGCCUGCUCCUGCUCGAGAUCCUUGAGUUUCGUGCGGGAGGCUGGUCUCUCAGCGAAACGGCUCAGAAAUACUACUACAGCGAAGUGACGGACUGAGGCCUCCACCAAUCAGGAGAGAGAAACAAGAAGGCGGGAUGAAAUUGCAAUCCAUAGGAAGCAAGUGUGGAGGUUUUAUUUUUCAUAUUUACCUUUGAUGAAGGCUUGGAGGUUCACUAGGUAUGAGGUUUGACAUGAAGUAGAAGAGUGGUCAAGUUUAGAAGUAGUACUGGGUUUUGGGUUUGUUUUGACUGUCUAAAGUCAGCUUGAAUUGAUGUGAAAUUCAUCUUAUUCACUUUCAUAAUACACAUUCCUGGUUUUAUUCUUUCACAUUACUCAAAAAAAGAAAAAAAAAAAGCACAAUUCAGAAUUUUUUGGAUCAAAGUUUUAUAACUUCUUCAUCUCUGAAAUGACACCCAAGGCUGCUUGGGGUUUAAUCGAUGGGUGCUGGUAGCAUUUCCCCAGUCGCCAAGUCAUGCAAUCUUUUUCCCCAUCAAGAUUUAGCAAACACAAAUCUGUAAAUAGUAGUCCAUGUUGUAAUGUUACAGAAAUAUGUUAGUAUCCCAGCAUUCCCUAUAGACAAACUAUUAAUAAGUCUGAUAAUGCAUUUCAUUCAUGGUUAAGCCUAUUUACAAAUCCAGUUAGUAGAAAAAAAAAUGUUAUAGCUAAAGGGCUUGUUAAUGCUGUUUUUUUUUGUUUGUUUGUUUUUUUUUGCCACAAUCACAGUAUAUUUAGCCAUUGGUCACAGAUCUUUAGACAUUUUAGUUUGAAAGUGAAUGGAGUUCAAGUACAUCUCCAUCUGAUCAUUGAAGUUUUGCAAUAGCAGCAUUACAAUCAUGUUUCAGUUGAUUUAGGUCUUAUAUUUGUGUCAAAGGCUGUAAUCAUAACACCAGAGAUGAUGAGAUGGUUUUAAUAUCAAUAUAUUUAAUACAUUUUUAGUUGUUUGAUUUUCUUAAAUCGACAAGCAAGUUAUAUUUGCCUCGGUAGAAAGAACAGCUAUUUCUAUUGUAUAGAAAGAAUUACUUUAUAUAUUUGUUUUAUAAUAUGUCUUAUAAGAUUUACUUCUGUGAUAAAGUCUAUGUUUUUAAUGAACCAAAACCUGUUUAUAAGAAUCACAUUUAAAUACAAUGUUUCCUUAAGAAUAAUAUUUUUAUACAAUGAAAAGUAGACUGGAUGCAUAUCCAACAACACUUCUACAGGUGCUGGAUGAAGACAAAAAAAUAUUUUUUUCUUAUUUUGUAUCAUUUCAAUCUGAUGAAGAUCCACUGGACUGAAAUGUCAACAUGAAGUCAGGUGAUUCUGGUCAAGUAUAAAAAGUAAGCUCCUGUGCAGCUGCUUUUGGCCUCACUGAUUCCUCGGGCUCUUGCAGAUUAGACAGUGACUUGUAUAGUUGUCUUGAUGCCACAAGUUUCAAAUAAAGAAAGAAUGAAAUGUUACAAUUGAAAUCUGAAAAA